CGCCAUUCUCGCUAGUUCGAUCGGUAGCGGGAGCGGAGAGCGGACCCCAGAGAGCCCUGAGAGCCCCACCGCCGCCGCCGGCCUAGUCACCAUCACACCCCGGGAGGAGCCGCAGCCGUCGCCGCCGGCCCCAGUCACCAUCACCGCAACCAUGAGCAGCGAGGCCGAGACCCAGCAGCCGCCCGCCGCCCCCGCCGCCGCCCUCAGCGCCGCCGACACCAAGCCCGGCUCCACGGGCAGCGGCGCGGGGAGUGGCGGCCCGGGCGGCCUCACAUCGGCGGCGCCCGCCGGCGGGGACAAGAAGGUCAUCGCAACGAAGGUUUUGGGAACAGUAAAAUGGUUCAAUGUAAGGAACGGAUACGGUUUCAUCAACAGGAAUGACACCAAGGAAGACGUAUUUGUACACCAGACUGCCAUAAAGAAGAAUAACCCCAGGAAGUACCUUCGCAGUGUAGGAGAUGGAGAGACUGUGGAGUUUGAUGUUGUUGAAGGAGAAAAGGGUGCGGAGGCAGCAAAUGUUACAGGCCCUGGAGGAGUUCCAGUUCAAGGCAGUAAAUACGCAGCAGACCGUAACCAUUAUAGACGCUAUCCACGUCGUAGGGGUCCUCCACGCAAUUACCAGCAAAACUACCAGAAUAGUGAGAGUGGGGAAAAGAACGAAGGAUCGGAAAGCGCUCCUGAAGGCCAGGCCCAACAGCGCCGGCCCUAUCGCAGGCGAAGGUUCCCACCUUACUACAUGCGGAGACCCUAUGGGCGUCGACCACAGUAUUCCAACCCUCCUGUGCAAGGAGAAGUGAUGGAGGGUGCUGACAACCAGGGUGCAGGAGAGCAAGGUAGACCAGUGAGACAGAACAUGUAUCGGGGUUACAGACCACGAUUCCGCAGGGGCCCUCCUCGCCAAAGACAGCCUAGAGAGGAUGGCAAUGAAGAGGACAAGGAAAAUCAAGGAGAUGAGACCCAAGGUCAGCAGCCACCUCAACGUCGGUAUCGCCGCAACUUCAAUUACCGACGCAGACGCCCAGAGAACCCUAAACCACAAGAUGGCAAAGAGACAAAAGCAGCCGAUCCACCAGCUGAGAAUUCGUCCGCUCCCGAGGCUGAGCAGGGCGGGGCUGAGUAAAUGCCGGCUUACCAUCUCUACCAUCAUCCGGUUUGGUCAUCCAACAAGAAGAAAUGAAUAUGAAAUUCCAGCAAUAAGAAAUGAACAAAGAUUGGAGCUGAAGACCUAAGUGCUUGCUUUUUGCCCGUUGACCAGAUACACUAGAACUAUCUGCAUUAUCUAUGCAGCAUGGGGUUUUUAUUAUUUUUACCUAAAGAUGUCUCUUUUUGGUAAUGACAAACGUGUUUUUUAAGAAAAAAAAAAAAGGCCUGGUUUUUCUCAAUACACCUUUAAUGGUUUUUAAAUUGUUUCAUAUCUGGUCAAGUUGAGAUUUUUAAGAACUUCAUUUUUAAUUUGUAAUAAGUUUACAACUUGAUUUUUUCAAAAAAAAGUCAACAAACUGCAAGCACCUGUUAAUAAAGGUCUUAAAUAAUA